GGACCACCGCGCCAGCGGAGUCGCAGCGGAGGGAGCGGGACGAGGCGCGGGUAGCGGCACCAUGGCCCAGUCUGUGUGGGGCUACGACAGCGACAAUGGACCCGAGCGCUGGCACGAAAACUACCCCCUUGCCAAGGGAGACAAGCAGUCGCCCAUUGAGAUCAACAGCAAGGACGUGCAGCACGACAGCUCUCUUCCCACUUGGCAUGCGAGUUAUGAUCCCGGGGCAGCGAAAACCAUCCUGAACAACGGGCGCACCUGCCGCGUCGUCUUCGACGACACUUUUGAUCGAUCAGUGCUGAGAGGGGGCCCGCUCACCGGCGCCUACAGGCUGCGGCAGCUGCACUUGCACUGGGGUUCCUCUGAUGACCACGGCUCUGAGCAUGUUAUAGAUGGGGUGAAAUAUGCAGCAGAGUUACAUAUGGUGCACUGGAAUCCAAAACAUGGUAAUUUUGCUGGAGCUUUGAAACAACCUGAUGGUGUGGCUGUUGUGGGCAUUUUUCUGAAAGUUGGAAAAACUCCCAAACCAGAGAUGAAGAGAAUUCUUGAAGAAAUUGAUAACAUUAAGACUAAGGGGAAAGAGGCUCCUUUUCAGCAUUUUGAUCCUUCAAUUCUUUUCCCCAAAUCUCGGGACUACUGGACCUACCACGGUUCAUUCACUACACCCCCCUGUGAGGAGUGUAUCACUUGGAUUCUCCUGAGGGAGCCAAUUGAAGUCAGCUCAGAUCAGAUGGCAAAGCUCCGUAGCCUUUCCAAGAAUGGUGAGAAUGAACCGGUGAACCCACUUGUUGAUAACUGGCGUCCACCUCAGCCUGUGAAGGGGAGAAUAGUGAGAGCCUCGUUCAAGUGAAGUCUCAAGUCUCGCUCUGCUGAACCUGAGUGAGAAAAUCCCUGCAUCACAACGUAUAGUUAGUUUUUGCUGUCUACUGCUUUUCCUCUGGAUCCAGGUCUGUGUUUCUCAGCUUGAAAUUCUGAGUGGCAAACUGAAUCUGAUUUUGGAAACAGAAAAAAUACUGUAUGCAAAUACUAAGCUUAAUGAGGAAUUGUGAGAUAUAAUGAUUCUUGAUCACAAAGCCUCAGCAUUUAUGAUAGUGUCACUUCUCUGCCAUGUGGUCUUGGAAGAAAAAUGGGCUCAGUUUCAACAUGUAAAAGUCAUUUCAAAGAAAAUAUAGUAAAGGCAGAAAAAUGAACCAAUAGCUCAGGAAAGCAGGAGAUGGACAGGAGGCAAAUUGUCUAUUCCUACAGAGUCUCUAGUGAUCUUCCUCAGAUAUCCCACCAACAGUGUUGACAACCAAAGAAUAAGUAACCCUUUAACAUGCCAGAUUUUCCCUUCCCUCUCUUGUUCAUAGUUUGUUAUCCAACACUGGAUUAGUAUUCUGGGGAUAUAAUCAGGCAUACUCAACUUCUGUGUGUGAAGAAAAAAAAGAUAUCUUGCUGUUAUUUCAGCAUUUGCUAUCUUUGCCAUGUCCUGCUGCUGCCAUUGUUGAUCUUUUCUUCUUUCACUGCUGCUGCUACUUCACCCAUCCAGUGUAGAAUCCUGCUGGUAUCAUGUCACCUUGUAUUCAGUACAGCAGCUUUAGUAUUGCUGAGUGGGAACUACCUUUUUUCUCCUGCUCUAUGUUACUUAUGUCACCCCGCAGAAUGAUGAAUUUUUAGUUUUGACGCUCUGCCUGCUUUUUAUUUUUGACAUCUUAGCCUGCAUAGCAAUGGUUUUAGCUGUGAGGAAUUUUGUUUCAUAUGGAAAGUAUCUUUGUGAAUGAUUCAUGUGUGUCACUUGUCAUUCCCACUACUGAAAAAUCCAGGUUAAGUCACCUAAGAGUUUUUUGAUUGUGACUCUGUGUAUUUGGAGACUAUAAGUGGACUCUGUUUGGCCCUGUUCCUUUCUGAGGAGACACAUCAGCUUGCACAUAUGAUCCAAGCAAGGAAUCACUGGUACACAGAAACUUCAAUCAAUUAACCUCCCCUGUCCUUCAUCAUACAAACUUUAUCAUUUCAGUGUAACACAAGUAGGUUGAAUCACAUCUAGGUUGAACCCACAUGUGAGUAAAGAUCUGCUACAUUAUAUUCACCAUCAGUGUGAUUGUUCCGUAUUAUACAUACAGGAGAUUGGGUGGUCAAAGAUAUUGAGUAAAUCCUCCUACAAAGGAAGCUUCUGGGUUCUCUGUGUUCCUCUAACUCAUCAGUAGGUAACAGUGGGCAUUCUUCUAGAUGUUGCCACAAACAUGUUCGCAGCAAUAUUUAUAAGGGAUAUGUCAAAGUCUGAAAAAAAGCAGGUUACAAAUGGCUCCUUAACUGUUUCAUUUUCCAUCUUUACUAGAAAAAUGUUGCUCCAACAGGGAAGUUAUGAAUGGGAAGCAUUGAAGAAAUUCUGCCAUUGUCAACAGCACAAUUCAGUGAGAAUUCAGAAAUGAAACUGAGGGCAGAGUUUGAUCCUUUGUAUUCAUUUAGAAAUGGUCUAAGAAUUGUUGAAGUUCCAUUGAAAGUAAAUAUUUCAGUUUAUUAGGAGUGUAUUUUGCUUAGUAUAAAGCAGUUUCUUUUUAAAAACUAAGUUCCUGUCAGCAGAAGCUAAAGUAUUGAUUGAAUCUUGUUUACAAAUGUUUUGGCAUUGGCUUAAUCUUGCCAGAAGAUCAGCUUUUCAUAUUAUGAGUGCAGCAUUUCCAAAAGUAUUGAUUUUAAGAGUCCCUUAGAUUUUCUUUCCACUCUUGAAUCUGUACAUCAUCUCAACACAUAAAAAUGUUACUACAGAAAGCUCAUAAGCAACAUUUUUUUCUACUGUACUAUGUCUUACAUAUAAAAUUUCUGCUCGUAUCCACAUGCAGUUGAUCUUGGUGAUAAGAAAAUUUUAACACAAAUUACUGAGACAAGAGUUUGAGUCUUUCUACCUGAAAGACAUUGACUGUGAUGUUUAAAUCUCUCUUUAUUGGGGCAAUAAAACAAGAUUAGUUUCCUGCACUUGACAUAACUGCUUUUAUGUCUUCAAAGAACCAAUAAAUUGACU